CUGUUUUUGGCAUCCUCUUCUCACUAGCAUUGUGCCCUUGAAGAGCUGCUGGGGGUUGUUGUAGAAAUUCCCUUGCUGACAAACGUUUUGUUGUCUUCCAGGAGCGUUUUGUUUUGUUUUGUUUUUAAAUUUUCUUCAGAAGAAAAUGGCUUUCUUAAUGAAAAGCAUGUUGAGCAACCAGGUAAAGAAUUUAGGACUUGGUGGUGGAGGUGAGGAAAGCAAAGAAGAAAGUGGUCCUUCCGACCCAGCUGCAGCAGCGGGAAUGACUAGAGAGGAGUAUGAGGAAUAUCAAAAGCAAAUUGUUGAGGAGAAGAUGGAGAGAGAUGCAGCGUUCACACAAAAAAAGGCAGAGAGAGCCUGUCUGAGGGUUCACCUGAGAGAAAAGUACAGGCUUCCUAAGAGUGAAAUGGAUGAGAACCAGAUUCAAAUGGCUGGAGAUGAUGUGGAUUUACCAGAAGACCUUCAGAAAAUGGUGGCAGAAGAUCAAGUAGAAGAAGAAGACAAGGAGUCAAUCCUUGGACAGUUACAGAACAUUCAAAAUAUGGAUAUAGACACUAUUAAAGAAAAAGCUCAAGCCACGUUCACUGAAAUAAAGCAAGCAGCUGAACAGAAAUGUUGUGUCAUGUAAAAGAGAAACUAGGGUUUAAGAGGUUUUGUGAACCAUAUUAAUUUAAUACUCUAUCAUUGGAGCUGCUACAUGGUACAAGUACAAUUGAUGGACUACCAUAUAGUUCCAAAGCAGUAUAUGUACAUAUGAGAGAGAGAGAGAGAGAGAGAGAGACUUGUAAAUUUAAAUCAGUGUAAGUGAUGUACCUGCUUAAAUAGCACUAAUAUAGAGCCUGUCAGCAUUUCUCAAGCAACGUUUUCCAGGGAAACAUUUUCAAAAAUAACAUUUUUCAUGAAAAAAGUCACAUUAUUUUUUGCAAAUAUGCUGCCUUUCCCCCAAAAAAAUGUAUGGUAAACAUAAAAAAGCUUAUUAGAAUGUUGUUAAUGUUUAACCAGAAAUUGGAUCUUUGGUAAAUGAAGAAUUUAUAUAACCACUUUAUUUUUGUUUUUGUGUUUGAAAUUGACCCACUUUUCAUUUACUUUUUUUUCCUGAAAAUAAUAAAAUCAAUGUUGAAACUAGGGAUGAGAAUGGUGAACCGGUAAGCAUCACCUUUACCCGGUGUUUACCGGUUAUGGUUAACCAAUGGUUUGAAGGAGCCCCCGUGGCCAGGCAUACCAGAGCAGUCCCCACCUAUGGCAAAGAAGCCACUCUCUCCCCACACCUAUUUAAUUGGUUAACCGAUUAAACAUUAUGAUUAACCAGUUAUAAACAAAACUGAUUAACUGAGAUUUUACAUCCCUAGUUGAAACUUCGGUACAUUUUGCAAAACUAGAUUUUUCUUUUUUGACAAGAUCUACUCUAAACAUUGAAGAAUCUUGACAUUUAUAACACCACAUCUCAGGACAAAUGCUCUAUAGAUUUAGAACUUGCCAGAGAUGCUGCACACUCACGCAGUUUUGAAUGAAUAUAGUGAUUUUUGUGAUAAGUCAAAUAUAGGUGGAGCCAAGAAUAAAUAAUUAAAAGUUCUCCAAAUUACUUAAAUUGUUCCUAAAUCCUGAACACCACAACCCACUAUUACACUAAUGGAAGCCCUCGUGGACUACCAUGUGUGCCAAAUGGUGUGGGUUUCUGAUGCUGACAAAUGACCAGCAUAAACUAAACUGAGACCACCAAAUUCAUUUAAUUUAAUACUUAUUCUCUGUGUGAAAGAUACCACCACAGUGCAAAAUACAGUAUUUUAAUGAUCAGAUCCUGGAUCUCCAGAAGUGACACACAAGAAUUUUUAACUCAUGCUGUCUCCUUAUAUACUCCUGCAAUCACCUUUGUUGUGCAUCUAAUACUGUAUACAUAUGUGAUGUGUUAGCAAUGAAGCUGAUUGAAGUCUGGGAAUUGCACAUCUUGAAUAAUAGCUUUAUUUUUUUUCUGCUGCUGUUUUUCUCUCUAUAUAUAUUUCUCAUGCUUUUCUGUAACUCUGAGUUACAGUUAUUAGCCACAAUAGAAUAUAUUUUAUGUCUCAUGAAAUGUGCUAUUUUAUAAGCCUCAGAACAAAGAAAUAGUGAGACCAGGAAAGAAGCCCCAGUGCAAUUGUAUGACACUUGAGUAUUUCUGACCUGCAGUUUGAAAGAUAUGUAUAAGCGGGCUAAAUCCUGACUUCCUUACUAAAGGUAAGAUUCUGAUCAGCUAUACCAGUGUCAAUUCUGAAGAAUUCCAUUGGCUUGUUUCUUAUUUACACUACUGUGACAGCAGAAUCGGGCCCAUAGGUUUUAGUCUUGAAUCAAGCAAACCUUUCAUCUAUGUCAACCAGAGAUUUGCCUGAGGAAAUGCUAAGAGCCUGAAUUUUCCUUUUACAUACCCUGGUAUAAAAUGGGAGUGACCAUAGUAAAUUUGCUCCCACAAGAAUUUUGGGAUUUUGUCCUGUAAUCAAGUGAACACUAGGCUAUUGUACAUUAUAAUUUGAUUGAGAGAGCCUUUUUCAUCUCAGAAGUUCUCUCACAUGCAACAACCAGCUUCUGGCUGAGACAAGCUGGGCACAGCCCCUCCUGGCUUAGUAACAGGGAGGCAUAAUUUGGGAUCAUUUGCUAAUGGCUGGUUGUGGACCACAAGGUUAGCCCUCUCAGCGACUGGUAGACAUAAAGCAUUUUUUUUCUGAAAGAGCCUAUAAUAAGGGACAUGAAUUAGGGACUUUGAGAUUACUCUUGUUGUGAACUAGUACAAAGUACAGUCUUGUGGUUAUGGCAAUGGACUGGAAAUUGAGAUCAGAUUCGGGGCCUGGUUCUGUCACAGACUUCUGGCCUUAGGCAAACCAUAUAUUCUUUCUGUGCUGGAGUUCUCCAGCAGGAUAAUAAAACUUUUCUGGAGCUUUAGAGUAAGAGUACACUUGUUGAUACUCAAUAUGGCAGUAACAUGGCUGUAAGCAUUUGGAAAGAUAGACCAGGAGUGAAAUUGACAAAUAUUCUACAAUGUGUGUACUUGGAUUAAUGCUCUUUGAGGAAUUGCUCUCUCUCUCCCCUCCCCGCUCCAAGAUUAAUUUAGGAUGAACAAAUGCAUUAAAAUAUGGCCAUUUUUUCAUUGUGAACACACAGAUUGAUCUCACUUAUUUUCCUUGAAAUGGCAAAAGACAGCUCUACAGUGGAUUUUAGAUAUGACGUGCAUUUAAGUGUUCAACAGCCCUGCCCCCAGUCCUUCCAUAUUAAUUACUUCUUCUCAACAUCUUCCACCUUUAAUAUUGGACUAAUGGGUGGGAGGUUUUGAGUUAAAACUGGCCACUGUGGAAUUAGAGAGUGAAGGAGCUUUGUUGAGAAGGUGCAAAGGAAUUCCUAUUUGAUUCUCUUCAGAAAUAAAGUGGUAUUGCUUUGAAAUGGGACCUUCAGAGGAUGAGUAUAGUGUGGAAAUAGCUGGGCAUUCUCAAGAUGCGUUUACACUGCACUCAUAUUGCAUAUCUUAUUUCAAAAUAACUUUUAUU